AUCGGAGGCCAGAUCUCCGGCAAUCCCACCGCUGGUGGCCGCGAGAAGCUGCUGGAAAAGCACCCCGACGAUAUUGUCGUCACUGCCGCAUGCCGUACUGCCUUCACCAAGGGCGGCAAGGGAGGCUUCAAGGACACGCCCGCAGGCGACCUCCUCGCUGGCAUCCUGAAAGCCGUUCUCGAGCGCUCCAAGAUCAACCCUGCCCUCGUUGAGGAUAUCGCCGUCGGCAAUGUACUUGCUCCCGGCGCCGGCGCCACCGAGUUCCGCGCUGCCGCCUUUGUUGCCGGCUUCACGGAGGAAACCGCUGUCCGAGCGCUUAACCGACAGUGCUCGUCCGGUCUGCAGGCCGUUAUCGAUGUCGCCAACCAGAUCAAGGCUGGUAUGAUUGACAUUGGUAUUGGUGCCGGUGCUGAGAGCAUGAGCAUGAACUACGGCCCUGCCGCCGUGUCCGAGCUCUCUGAUGAAUUCCAGCAGUGGGAGGAGGCCGUUAAUUGCAAGGUCCCCAUGGGCAAGCUCUCUGAGGAUAUGGCCAAAGAUCUCAGCAUCAGCCGAAAGGUCCAAGACGAGUUCGCCGCCAACUCUUACCAAAAGGCCGUCAAGGCCCAGAAGGCCGGCCUCUUCAACGAUGAAAUCGCCCCCAUCAAGGCCAAGGUCCAGGACCCCAAGACUGAGGAGUGGAAGGAGGUUGUUGUCGACCGCGACGACGGCGUUCGCGACGGCAUCACCGCCGAGUCGCUCGGCAAGAUCCGCCCUGCUUUUGCAAAGGACGGCAGCAUCCACGCCGGUAACGCCAGCCAGAUUUCCGACGGUGCUGCCGCCGUGCUGAUGAUGCGCCGCUCAACCGCCGAGAAGCUCGGCCAGGAGAUUAUCGGCAAGUACGUCGCUGGAGCUGUUGUCGGCGUCAAGCCCCUGCUCAUGGGCCAGGGCCCCUGGAAGGCUAUCCCCAAGGCUCUUGAGAAGGCCGGCAUCUCCAGGGAUGAUGUCGACAUCUAUGAGAUCAACGAGGCCUUUGCUAGUCAGUGCCUGUGGUGCGCCGACCAGCUGGGCAUCUCCCAUGACAAGAUCAACCCCAAGGGCGGUGCUAUUGCCUUUGGUCACCCUCUGGGCGUCACUGGCGCGAGACAGGUUUCAACGCUGUUGUACGAACUGAAGAGGACGGGUAAGAAGAUUGGUAACACUUCCAUGUGCAUUGGUACUGGUAUGGGUAUGAGUGCCGUCUGGGUUGCCGAGUAA